AUGCAUCCAAGCGAUCGUUUCAAAUCCUGUGGUCACAGGCGAUGUGCCGGCCGUUCAGGCAUGGACUUUGGAUUUUUGGGGACACCGAAUGAGUCGAGGAUCUCACAAGAGUUAUCGUCCACUGACGACACUCAGCUUCUCGAUUCAAACGCCUUUCUUAUUCGGCGCAUGAAGCCAUUUUCUUUUCAUGCCACCAACGUUCUUCUCCAUGCGGCAGCUUCUUGCUUGUUCUUGUUCUUCAUUCAACGGCUCCAAUUCUUUUCUACGAGUCCAGAAUCAGCUCUUUUUGCCACACUUCUCUUCACUGUUCAUCCGGUUCACUGCGAGGCGGUGGCAGGGGUGGUUGGACGAGCAGACGUUCUGGCAGCCAUAGCAGUACUGUCUGGCAUUCUUUUAUAUGAAAAAACUCAGAGCACUCUGGCAGCGGCUCUCUGCACCGCUAUCGCCAUCUGCUUCAAGGAGACUGGCAUCAUGCUACCACCAUUGCUUGUCGUGUUCCUUCUUCUGAAGCCUACUAAGGUAACCUUCCUUCAGUGUGGUGACCCUUCUCUGCAAGUCUCUCCACUGCUCGUUAUCCCUCGUCUCUGGCGCUUUGUUUUAUCUACCGCUAGAUGUCCUUGUCCUUGUGAUGACCAAGGUGUCACCCUAAACGCGCGAUGGCAGCAGAAUGCGAUUUGCGCUAGCAGUCUGAGCUCAAAUGUGGGAACUGUCCUGAGAACGUCGUCGAUUCUGAUGAGCUUCAGUUUCUUCAAACGAUUUGUGAAGAGGACAUCUCAUGUGAUGGGGACAAUGGCUGCCAAAUCAUAA